AUGCAUUCUUUCAUGUUUAAACGUUCAUUUUCGAGUUCGCUAGCUUUCCUCCAGACGUCGAAAACGUCGUUUGUCAACAGGGUACCGCCCGUCAGCUCCGCGAUACCUGAUGUAAACACUUUUCUGAAAACCAUCGGACGAAAAUGCGAUGAAUUUAGCGAAUUGUACGAAAAUCAGUGGGAAAGUCUCUUCAAGUGGGACUCUGCUACUCUUAAGCGGAAGGGAAUCCCUACACAGCAGCGGAAAUACAUUUUGAGCCAAGUUGAGAAGUUCCGGAAACAAGAGCCCAUCAAAGAAACCAAAAUCGGUAAGAAGUCCUAUUGGGGCGGGGAACGUAAACGCAAUGAAGUCACUGCCAGAUUAAAAGCGCAGGAACGCAAUGUUUCCUGA